AGAGAGUCAGCCGGGUAGUGACGAACUAGAGGUGGCUGGUGGUGGCUGCGUUAGUCUCUCACCCUUCUCACGAUUUUAACGUAUUUUUUUUCACCCUUCGUUUGGCUGUAGGUGUAGGUUUUUUUUUUUUAAACAUUUUUCCUUUGCACUGCGUUUCCAGGGGGUGACAGACACAGUUGUACGGAUGCUGCGCCCAGUGUGCACGAGCCGUGAUAAUUACUCGAGAUACAGAAAUAAUGGGGAUGAUGAUGAUGACGAUGGUAAUGUUGAGAGUGAGACAAAUGUGGUUGUGCAUAAGUGACAGCGCCAGUGUCACCGUUUAUAAUCAUAUUACUACGGUGUGAUGAGAAUAACGCCCACCUCCAAUCAUGGGGAUGAAGAGGGACGAUAGUCCGAGGCCAGAGUGGAGGCGUAGAAAACGCAGAAGGAGACGUCUCAAUGAUUUAUUAUUCGAUCAUUCUAUAUGGAUAACAAUCCUUGGAAUUUGCUUACCAACUGUAAUGAGCCACUGUGAUCUGGCUGAAUUAACGUGUCGCGAUGGUAGAUGCGUACCACAAGAUGCAUACUGCAAUGGCUACGAUGAUUGCGGUGAUGGGAGCGAUGAGCCGGCACUCUGUACCCCAUGUAAUCGUACUUACCAUGGCCGUGAGGGACGAACAUACGAGUUAGAAUUGCCACGUCCAACCGAGGGACGUUUACCAUUUUUAUGCCACUUGACAUUCACCGCUGGUGGACAAAGUAGUGGUGAACUCGUACAACUCUUCUGGGAUGCCUUCAGCAUCGGUAGACUCGAAACAACAAACGGUGACGAUGAUGAUGAGCCUGUGUACGCAAGUUGCCCGGAGGGUUCCCUCCAACUUUCCGAUCUCGGUCGUCCUUUCACCGGUGGCUCAUGGUGUGGUGCUAGUGAAGGACGUGCCACAUACUACAGUGAGACAAGUACAGUAACAGCAUCAAUAAGACUCUUUCAUGCGCCCUCAUCAGUACCUUUUGAAUUUCGCUUGAGGUAUCGUUUUUUAUCCCGUAAUGAGGCUGUUGCAAGACUUGGACCACCUGGUUUAACAAUUGAACGUGGCUCACCAGUACCCAGUACAUACUGUUCACGUAAUUUCUAUGAAUGCCAUAAAAAACAGUGCCGCGUGCAGAGUCCAAAUUAUCCGGGUGAGUAUCCGAGAAAUGCCAGUUGCAUCAUUACAGUGAGGCAAAAAUUUGUACCUACUUGCAAGCACGCGAUGAUAUCGGUUAAGGCUGGCAGUGGUAUAGGUAAUAUUGCCACUGGUGCACCAAUACUAACUGGCCAUGUCGGCUCAUCCUCAUUAGUCAAUGGAACAGCUAAUUCAUCACUGCUAGUGGAUAAUAAUGGGCACACCAAUGGACAAAAUCAUACUAAUAAAUUGAGUGUCUGGCACGAUUGUCCACCGGAAAAAGAUCGUUUGGUUUUUCGAGAUGGGCCACGAUUGGAGGAUUCCAUACUAUUGGUUUACUGUGGUGGACCCCUUCCCAGGAUAACCGCACGUGGACCGGCCAUGUUGAUCGAAUUUCGCUCAUCACCCCUGCCAAUUCCAUUGGGCUCAUCGCCGUUAAGACUGGAAUUGGAGAUACCAGUUGUUUACGUUGAUUCAGAUGGUUUGGAUUAUGCAAGGGGUGAUCAGGGAUGUAAUUUUUAUGUCAACGAUACGAGUAAAAGAAGUGGUAUACUUCGUGCACCACAGCACACAUUACCACUGGGCUCGGUGUGCACUUGGAAUCUCAGGGGUUCAGUAGGUGACCGUGUAUGGCUCUAUUUUUCAUCCUACUCCCAGAAGGAUUUAACGGGUGGUAGUAUAGACAAUGCAUCUACAUUACGGGAGAGUGAAAUUGGUACGCCCCAGUGCUCCGUAAAAAUGACACUGUGGGAUGGUCCAGCAAAUACUGGUACAUUCAUCACAACGCUGUGCGAUGAUACACCGAGAUUGUGUGCACACGCUGCCUUGAGAAAUUUGACAAGAUCCACAAGACCCUGUACACCAGUGGAGAGUUAUUUAACAGUGUCCCCUACGCUCACGAUACGAGCUGAAAUGCUACUGGGUACAUCACUGCGAAAUGUUAAUUUUCAAGCGAGAUAUGAAUUCAUUUCAACCCUUCAAGGUGGUGAACAGUGGGGCGAUGGUGUUUGCAAUAGAAUUUGGAGGAGAGUGAAGAGUGGUGAGAUUACAUCGCCCAGGGAUGUUCGUUUAUUUGGUCGUGGUGGGGUGAAAAAUUUAUCCUGUGCCUAUAGAAUUGAGGCCGGGCCUGGUGAACGUGUACGUUUAACAAUUCACAAUGUGUCAGUUGGUGAUUCAACGAGCUGCAUCAGCGAGCCUGAUCCUCACUCUGGUCGACCCAGAUGUCUCACCGAAACCAAUUCUCGAGAAGGAAAAUUGACCCUCUUCGAGGUGCCGUGGAGGGAUGCUAAACUACAACGUGCAUGCCUCUGUGAUAAUACAUCACAUCUACCUUUGACACAUAUAUCUUCGGGCAAAGCACUUGAGAUUACUUUUGUCGUUAAUCAGCAAGCACCGCACGAGGACUUUGAGACACUAUUCUUUUAUGCGAGUUUUGAACUCAUCCGUGUGCCUGAGUGCCCGAGGAAACAACGGCUGAGGGGUGAAGGUGGGGAAUUGAGAUUCGUGGUGCCUCCACUGUCUCGUCCAGAUAUUUAUUGCGAGGGUAUGCCGUGGCUUGUGGAAGCUAGAGACAAUCGUUCACUUUUCGUGCUCACUUGGGGUUGGUUUUUACCCCUUGAGCCACCACCAACACCAUCACCACCUGUGUCAACUACAUCGUCAUCAUUUACGCAACAUCAACAGCCAUCAGACACCUCGGAGACAACACCAAAGUGUCCAACAGCAAAUAGAAUUCUCCUUUACUCUGGUUGGCCCGCAAAAUUACUCAAGGUUGUUUGUCCAGCAGAGCCGGGUGCACGUGAUUACACGGUGCACGUAUUCUCUGAGGAGUGGCUGCUGACAGCUGGUAAUUCUGAUGAGAGAUGGCUGUCACCGGCACGUCCGGCAGCACUUCUCAUCGAUUUUGUUGCCAGAGAGCCGGGACAAGCGGCAGCAUCGUGGCUUGAGAUAUCAAAGACACGUUCAGCCCUUCGUAGACAGUUACGUCUUCCAGGACGUGUCAGUGAGAAUGAAACUAUUGGUACGGGUGAUUGCCUGCAUACGUGUCCUGAGAUUGGAGCUUGUAUUGCCCCGAGUCUCUGGUGUGAUGGAAGAAUUCACUGCCCCUCGGGAUAUGACGAGGCGAAUUGUGGCAGUGGUGCAAGAUUACUCGGUCUUCUACCCCCUGGCAUGUGGCUCGUCGUAGCCGCUGGUGCCGGUAUCCUCACCGCCUUCGCAUGCCUUCUGAGUAUCCUCAUGUGCAAAUCAAAAGCGCGCGCUAAAAGGCUCUACAAUGACGAGAGUCUCAGGAGAUCAGGAGCUACACCGCGAAGAGCACCAACCGAGGAAUCAUUACUUGGCUCAUCCUGACAAACGCCUCCCGGCUUCGUGGAGUACAUUCACGUUGACCGGGAGACCACUGUUUAGCUUCCCACUUCACACAUAACACACGUUCAUUCUCGUGCUACUGCUGCUGGUUUCACCGUCCACUAAUUUAAACUCCAUCGUACUUUGUCGUAAUUAAUUCAAGGCAAAUGAGGAAAGCGAAGGAGAAAUGGAAGAGGGGGGGAACAACAUUGGCAUUCUUUAACGAGUGCCAUUGACAUACGUACACGAAUUCUUAAUGAAAGUUGCUGAUUUUUUUUUUCAUCCCCGAGAAUUUUUUGCCUCCAUUCAUUGCCUCUUUUUUCGUUCUACGAACUUCGGACUAACACGAAGUGUCGAUUCACUCUGCCUUGACCAUUGAAUUUUAUUUUCUGCGGCUUCUCCCUCCCCCCCCCCGUCCUCCUCCUCUUCCUCCCCCUCUCUCUAACGUCAUCGGGUUCGCUGUAAUCGAAUGAAGAGAGAAAAACAAUUUCAUUUCUCGUUUUUCGUUGAAAAAAAUUCUUUUUCGCCAAUGAAAAAAGCUUUAAAACAAACUGUUGUGGUACAAAUGCCUCAACGUUACCCCUCAGGGGACGGCGUUUUACUGCUACGAGUAAAAAAAAAAAGAAGAUGGAAUAAAAGGGUGGUGCGACGGAGUUACACGUUAAAAUAAUUGUUCCUCUUUGAUGACAGAGAGGGACGGGAAAGGGUUGAGAUAGAUAGGGAGGGAGUGGAUGAGGAGACAGAGUAAAAACCAAUUGGCAGGUGAAAUUUACCCCUUGACUUCAUACACACAUACUAGGAUAUCGUAAAGUUAAACGAGAGCGAAUGGAGACAAAGUCAUAGAGCCACUGAGUCGUUAUUCCAUAACGUUGGAAAGUAUAAUGUAGAUUUGUCAUAGAUGACAUUUAUGAAGUUAUUAUAUAGUUCUUCUUUCUAUCGUGCGAUGAUUAUGGUACAACGUCGUCAAAACAUAAGUAGAUGAUUAAUCAUGAGGGAUUAACAAUGCGUAACGUCGUAAUGCCGACGUUGAGGGAAUAUUUAAAAAUUUAGAAAAAUUAUGGAAGUGAAGCUUUUUGCAACUGUUAACUGGAUUUGAGUGGGUAGAUUAUAAUAAGUGAUGGCAAUAUGUGAUUGGGUCCAAAGCAGAGGUGAAUAAACUUUGGAAAUUUGUAAUUAAUUGAGUAUUACUGCACACAUAUUCACCUUUGCCACAGGGAAAUCCAUCAACAACUUUGUGAAACUGGGGGAAAUUUAAUCGGUAAUUCCAUCAAAUUACUUUCAUCCUUUAAUUACAUCUAUUGUUUGAUACUGUAUCUUACUCUGCACAACUUCAAUCUCUAUUCAUCUCUGCAUUCAACUCAUUCACGGGAAAUUGUAGACCACACGAUUGUCAAGGAAUUUUGGAGAAGAGUUCCUCUGUAAAACACUCUAGCCUCGCUACAUGUACACUCAUUAACACGUAAUUUAGGAACAGAAGAUGAUAAAUUCACAGUAUAAUCCUAUAGAAAUUUACUUAAUACUCUGUAAUCAUGGAAGAUGUUUAAUGUGAAAGAAAAACCACGUUGUUGAAGUAAUUAAUGUGAGUUAUAACCACCCGAGAAUGUUUAAUCGACCUUCGCCAACUAUUCCCAACUUCAUCGCUCAUCAACAAUGAAAAUAUAAUGUCAUUAAUACACGGUUGGUAAAUAUGUAUAAAUGCAUAUUGUACGUGUGUGCCUACGCGUUACCAUAUGUACAUAGAUUUGGCUGUGAUAAAAAAAAUGAAUAAAAAAAUCUCUGAGCUACGAAUGCAACUUUUAACGUGCGUCAGAAGCUAGAGAAUCCAUCAUCGCUCUUCUCCUCACAUUUCUCGUCGACCGAAAAUUCAUUAAUUAGUGAAUUAAUAGAUGAUAUUUUAGGGACUUACGAAUACGAUUGAGAUUGGAAGAGGAAAUAUGCUGAGCAAGAGAUCAUUAGCAACGUAGGGCUCAAUGCACUGUAAAAAAAAUUACUGGAGAUAUCACAAAAGUAAUUCCUUGAGCCAAAUAUAUCAGCCCUGGUGCCAGUCUCUGCAAGUGUUUGUAAUUUUAACAUUAACAUUUGGCGAUGCAGCGAAUUUUUUUUCACCGCACGACUGUUUAUGUCAGGUAAUAAAAUGAUGGAAAAGGCAUUGAAAAAAGACAUGAAAAAUGUAGUAAAAAUUACUCAACGGUUUACGAUGAAAAUUUACCGCGGAUUUCAUUAACAGCUCACAAUUUUUUUUCACUCGUUUGUGAAUACUUGCGAUGUGAAAGGAAAAAUAAAUUCUUUAUUUUACGGUCUUCCCUUGAUUACAAAUAAAAAAUUCAGCCGUUAAACUUUACUUCGCAAAUUACCUACAUUGUGCAGUUAUUUUUCGUUGAUUUUUCAUUCGUGUGAAAGCUUCACACUAGUGAAUGAAGAAUGAGAGUUUUGCAUUGAAUGAAUACAAAAUUCAUGCAGAAGAGAACCUGCAGUCAUUUCCAAGAUAAUCUCAUUCCCUUCCUUCAGACUUUUCUCGCUCGUUCAACAUUUCAAAAAUACCAUCGCAUUAAAAAAUCAAAGAACUCACCAUCAGUUUCGAUUCAGCUCAAGAAAUUAUUUUUGUAACAAUAUGUGCUUUUUCCAUUCAAGGCAUCAGAUCAUCGAAUAAAAUUGCAGUGACUAAAACCCUCAAAAAAAAAAACCAACGGUUGCGUUAUUGC